AUGCUGAAAGGUGUUAGGGAAUUCUAUGGGGAUUCAAGGGGCAGGUUGUAUGUUAUGGGGUUGGUGCUGAUGUUAUUUUUUUGGUGGUUGGGGUUAAGAAAUGUAGGGAGUGGGGAAACUAGCGUGGAGGGGAAGAAGGAUGGAAGUUACGGUAAUCACAUACCAAGGGUGUUUUUUCUUGUUGCAGAAACGAGGUACGCGCCGGGGUGGUGCAGGAUGAUUGUAAGUUCGAUACUCACUAAUGUGAGCGUUGCCACAGUGGGCAUGGGAGGCUGGUAUGGGCAUGUGAGCAGGUGGUUGUGGUUGUACCGGUACCUACGGCAGAAGAAGAUGAGUGAGGGUGACGUGAUUGUGAUAUUUGAUGGGGGCGAUACGGUCUUCACAGGGGAGGAUGUAAGGGAGGAGGCAGUGAAGCAUUUCCUCGACACUACACCAAAAAUCCCUGAAGCGUUUAACGAGACGGCUAUUUUAAGAGGGGAAAUGACACCUCCAAUGUUGAUGGCCGCCGAAAAUUUCUGUUUCACCCCUCAAAGUCAUUUCAUGGUAAAGACACCUAAGAGCGAGCGCGCUCAUCAGUGCAGUAAACUGUACAACGAGGCGUUCGUAGUUUCCAAUCGCACAGGGUUGCGUUCUAUUUUAAGGGCGAAUGAAUCGGGAAGAUCGUAUCUCAACGGGGGAGGAAUAAUUGCCAGGGUGUGGGCACUAGAAGAGGCUCUGAAGGCAUUCUUUAACCUCAGAAAAAAAAAGUUUGUUUGGGGUUGCGACCAGUCAAUGUGGGCACUCUUGCUAAUAUGGAGUAUCACCAGGCCGGAGAAUAUAAAGCCAGCGCUGUUGGUGAGAAGGGGGCUAAUAUCUCUUGACUAUGAGACGCGUUACUUCCUUUAUCCAUCCAAGACGAUGGUUAUGAGUGGAAUGAUACUGCAUUUUGCGGGACCAGUUCACGUGUGGAAGCGUACAUUGCCACAGUAUCUGAGUGAGAUAAAUUGGUAUAGAGCACUGAGCAAUUCUUCCCCCAAGCGGGAGGCCUCCAUUCGUUUGCUGAAAAAUUCCACUGUGGAGAUGUACACUUUCUGGGGUUCCCGCAAAGACGCUAAGUUAAGUACCGUAUGCCCCAUAUCUAACAUCUCCGACCCCAGUUGGCUCAGUGGGCAGUUGAAAAAGUAA